CUGAAGUUUCCUCAUAUUGACCUGCUGAACAACAACAUGCUCCAACGGUGUUCUGUGUUGCUGCUCGUUGCUCUUGUUGCUGUUUCUCUGGCAGCUCCACUCCAAGGAGGGACACCGGAUGAUGGAGGAACUACAGUUGAACCUGUGACUGCAAAGCCAGAUCGUGCUGACAUCCUCAACUCUGUUGAACAGACUGAAGUUCCCUCGGAAUCAGAUGAGACCCCUGAAUCUCCAGGUGAUGCUGACAUCAUAGACUCUGUUGAACAUACUCAAGAUGUAAACAGUGAGGAGUCUGAUACCGAGCUCACUGCUGGUGAUGGCGUCCACUCUCUUGAACAAUCAGAAGAUACUGAGGACACUACAGCCGAAGUACAAACUGAGGACAGCACUGCCACUGAUGACAGCAGUGACGUUGACUCAAUUGAAGACUCAAACACUGACAAUGUUUCUGACAUUGAAACUGAGGCUGAUGCUGACGUUGUCACAGCAGAACCGGACGACAUCCAGACCGUAGAUGACAGUAUGGGUGUAGAAGACUUAGCAGAGGGUUGGGAGGCAGGGAGUGAGAAGCAAGAGAUUCCUAAGGAGGAGGGAGAUGAAAUUAUAAACACUGAUGUGUCAGAGGAGGUAGAACCAGCAGAGGGUGAGGUAGAGGUGGAAAUCCCAGAGGUGGAAAAAAGUGAAUGGAUAGACGACAGUAUGUUCGAAGUAGACAGUGAGAUGAGUCAGGCUGACAGUGAUGGUAGUGAUGUGGAUGGCAACACUGACAGUGAAGCUGAGCCCAACAGUGACAUGCAGGACUCUGACCUCACUGAUGAGGAGGAGGAGAUGAAUCAAGACGACUCUGCAAAAUCAGAUACUGAGGAUCCUGAAGAGCAGAGUCCAGAAACUCUGGACUCCAUUGAAGGGACACCUGCUGACCAACCAGACCAACCUGAUGACUCCAACCCCGCCCCCACAGAGGCUAUGGUUUAGAUGCUCAGCCUCUGAUCUGUGGAAGGUCACCGACUCCAGAACCAAGCCCACCGCCUCCACAGUGGAAUACAGUCACCAUGACAACAACAACAACAAUAACAACAAGCUAAACUGCAACUAAAAUAUUCGGCUUUCUGUUGUUUUCAUUCCUCAGCUCAUUCUUGAAUGGUUGUCUGUUCUUUUCAAACUCUGGCUUCUUUAGUUUUCAUCAGGUUUAAAAAUGAAUAAGAAGUCUUUCUUCCACCAAUCAACUGUCCGCGUCUCUGCAAUGUCACUGUCCUAUAACCUGUUUUACUCUCUGCCUGUCUGUCUGCUUUUGGUCUAAUGCGGAAAUAUUAAAAAAAGUUGCUGAUCUCAGAUCUACUCUGUUUGUCUUUGUUCACACAUUAAAGUGUACAUAAAGUCCAUCGUUUACAUUACAAAGAUCAACUUUACUGUUUUUAAAACAAAGUAAUGUCGGACACAACUGAUUGUCU